GUCCCAUAUUGAUUGUUACGUUUUGGCGCGAUUUUGGGCUGUGGAAGGAUACUGCUGUGCUGUGGUAGUAUAUAGUGAAAUCUGUCUCGCCGCCACACCCACCCACAGAUCGAUCUGGUAUAGUGCGUGAGGUAUGGUAGCUUGAUUAAAAAGCAGUGGACCUUCAGUACUUUUAGAUACAGCAUAAUAAUUACAUUAGUUUAUCUCCGUUUAAAUUUCGUUGGAAUUUAACAACUCACGAAGAAAAGGCCUUCAUUUUCUCACCCCCUGAAAGAAUAAAGAGUCAGCCAAAAUGCUGCAGAGUUUCUCUCAGUCGCAAGAUUGGUUCUACUCGGAGCCUCUCUUAUUUGAUGAUGAAUUCUGCCAGAGCUUGAUGAAGGACCUACAGUCGCUCCCCACGCCACCCCAGUCCCCUCCGAUGAAGGCUGGACUCAAUGCCAAACCACUUUCCAAGGAGGACCAGUUGAGCUAUGUCUCUGAUAUACUCCUGGAGGAUCAAGACCCACAACUAAAUUGGAAUUUUGACAUUUUGUACGAUGGCAAUGCAACUGUGACAAAGGACCAACAGCCAGAGGAGUCUGACGACUGUUUGUGGCAUUGCCUCGGUGAUAAGUCUAUGGAGGAGAAGCUAUCGUCUGUGCUCUCCAGCAGCCCGCUCCUCUCAGACAUAGACACAAGAAUCUUUGAGGAAAUUGCUGGCUCCACACUGGACUGCCACACCGCGGCACUCGCGUGCCAAGCUUUGGAGAAUGAGGAUUUACUAUUGGACAGGCAUGACCGUCAGGAGCAAGGCAGCGAGUCGACCUCCGACUACGGCUCGGCGGGAGGCGAAUUCUCAACUUAUUGGAGCAGUGCUAGUGAUACUGAGGAGGAGAUAGACGUAGUGACCGUGAAGAGGACUGCCAGCCCCUCCCAGUUGGCAGAGGAGAGCCGGCGGCAACGGCGUGCCAUCAAGCGCCAACACCUGGAGAUCCAGCUGCAGCACAAUUACGCUGCCCCCUGCCCCACAUCACCCCUCCGCCUAGAGCUCUCGACCGCCUCAAACUCCCACCACAAGCGCUCCCGGGUCUCCGACUCACACAGACACCACCAACACGGCUCGUCGGGCCGCUCAUCCUCGUCCCGCCACUACCUCAGCAGUCACCACCAGUCCAGCUCCUCUAGGCAGUCGCCGGACAUGGAGGACGAGGAGGAGAGGAGGCAUACCCACAAUGUGAUGGAGAGGCAGCGGCGCAACGAGCUGAAGAACUGCUUCCUGCGGCUCAGGGACAAUGUACCUGAGCUGUCCAAUAACGACAAGGCCUCCAAGGUGGUCAUCCUGAAGAGGGCACGUGACAGCAUCCGCAGCCUGGAGCUUGAGGGCCAGAGACUGAACGCCAAGCGAGACAAGCUCCGAGACGGGCAGGAGCAGCUCAAAGCUAAACUGGAGCAGCUCAGGAGGUAAUGGUGGGACCAAGGAGAUGAGGUGUGUAACAAACAUUUAGAGACAUUUAAAUAAACCGGUUGAGGAGACCUGUCUGGACUUCAGACUUAACGUUGCGCACACUCUGCAUGGUGGCAUCCAUCUCCUGCAGUGACUGUUCAAGAAGAAGUGAAUGUUACUGAAACAGUUAAAUGUGGUUAAAAAAAAGUUUGGUUUGGAGCAAUAGGGCCACGUUCAGCCCAGUAAAAUAAUUUUUGUCUUUGUCCUAGCGAUUUGCCAAAGUCAUUGUUCAUAAAGUAGACUACAUGUAACAGUCUACAUCAAAGUGAGCAGCCAUUUGUUACUGAAACAUGGAACUUGAACAAGGUUUCGUCCACAUUCCCCCAUAUGUUAUCAACUUGGUUGUUCUCUUGCUGUGGUUUUUUAUUUUGGGCUGGAUCCAAAGUUUGAGUUCUAAUAAGGGGUUGAAUGUAAUGUAAUUCCAAUUAUUGCCAUUAAUUGCAAAAAAAAAUGUAAUGUCUAAACACAUUUACCCAAUUAGACUUCUUCUUUUACUCUCAAACUUUAAAGCCCCGACCUGUUGGGUUCUCAUGCCUUGAAACUCAUUCUGUUGUCGACUCGUAACUGUACAAUGUUUUAUAAGUUUUGUUAAAAGCAUAUGAUUUACUGUACCUACCUCGACCAGGUCUCAGACCUGACAAUUUGUUUGGUUUCUCAGAAGCAACGAUAUAGAAUUCUUUGUAUAUUUUUUUGUUUAUUAUGUAACAUAAAUUAUUUGUAUUUUUUUCUUGGUUUAUUUGCAAGUAAAUAGUUCUGUUCAUCAGCGGACUUUGUUUUUAUAAUGUAAUAAAGAAUGGACAAAUCA